GGCAAACACCGAGCGCAGCUAGCAUCAUCGUCCUGAGCUGCUUGCAUCUCCCAGCGGCCAAUCGAGCUGAUAGCCUAUCCAUCAUAUGGCUGCCUCUACCACGUCGAGGACGAACUCGCGGGUGAACUACUCGAACGAGAUCCACGACCUUUCCACCGUGCAGGGCGGCUCCGCGGCCGCCGCCGCCGCCGCCUUGUUCUACCCGGACAGCAAAUCCAUCGCCGACAUCUUCCCGCCGCACCUUGGGAAGAAGGUGAUCUCGGAGGUGGUGGCGACGUUCCUGCUGGUGUUCGUGACCUGCGGGGCGGCGUCCAUCUACGGCGAGGACAACGCGCGCAUCUCGCAGCUGGGGCAGUCGGUGGCGGGCGGCCUCAUCGUCACCGUCAUGAUCUACGCCACCGGCCACAUCUCCGGCGCGCACAUGAACCCCGCCGUCACGCUCUCCUUCGCGUGCUUCCGCCAUUUCCCCUGGAUCCAGGUGCCCUUCUACUGGGCGGCGCAGUUCACGGGGGCCAUGUGCGCGGCGUUCGUGCUGAAGGCGGUGCUCCAGCCCAUCGCCGUGAUCGGCACCACCACGCCGUCGGGGCCGCACUGGCACGCGCUCGCCAUCGAGAUCGUCGUCACCUUCAACAUGAUGUUCGUCACCUGCGCCGUCGCCACCGACUCCAGGGCGGUGGGUGAGUUGGCCGGGUUAGCAGUCGGUUCCGCGGUUUGCAUUACGUCCAUCUUCGCUGGGCCCGUGUCCGGCGGAUCGAUGAACCCGGCGAGGACGCUGGCGCCCGCCGUGGCCAGCAACGUCUUCACGGGCCUCUGGAUCUACUUCCUCGGCCCCGUCGUCGGCACGCUCUCCGGAGCCUGGGUCUACACCUACAUCCGCUUCGAGGAGGCCCCCGCAGCCGCCAAGCCCGACACCCAGAGGCUCUCCUCCUUCAAGCUCCGACGCAUGCAGAGCCAGUCCGCCCUCGCCGCCGACGAGUUCGACACCGUCUGACGCCCGCCCGCCCGCCCGCCCGAAGAGAUCGAGUACUACUGUGUGUGCUCCCUCGCUCUGUUCAAGAUCUCAGGUGGGAGAGAGCUAUAGCUAGCUGCGCGCGCGCGUGUGUGCUGGUAGGUACAUAGUCCGUGUACGCGUACCUACCUACGUGUUUGUGUUUUUUGUGUCCCGUCGGCCGUCGCCUACACCACGUAGCAGCGGAUCGGAGCAGUGUCACAUGUUUUUAUGUAUCUUCGGCUUUGUGCCACGUCAGAGUUGCAAAGGUUAAUUGAUGCA